GCAGGCGCCGCGCGACCCGCAGUACUCGCAGCCCACGCACCGCCGCGGCCACUGGAGGCGGGCCUGCGACGCCCGCCGCCGGCUGCGCUGGGCGGCCCCAACCGAACCAAACCCAAGAGUUCCGCCACGCAGGACUCGCGAGCCCGCGGCUCCCGCCGCUGGCCGCCCCGGGCGGCCCCAACCGAAGCCAGACUGCAAGUGCUGCCGCGCAGGACGACCCCCCUGCGGCCGCCCGGCGCCUCGGCCGCGCCGGCCCGCGCGGCGUGGCGAUGCUGCAGCACCGCGCCGUGCUCCCCACCCCGUACCCGAUGGACACGGUGGAGCACCGGAAGCGGCCCGGGGGUGUCUACGAAGAGGGAUCCCCGCUGCACCGGAAGCAGAGGGCGCUGCACGUCGAGGCCGAGGCGACCCGCGCUCGGGCGGGCCGCGUCGAGGAGGUCCCCGCGCCGCCGCCGCCCGCCGAGGAGGAGAGGCCGCGCCAUUGGCGCCCGCCGACCACAUGCCGGACGCGUUGCGGCGGGCCGGCGACGCCUGGAGAGGACCACGGGCUUCUGCGUGGCAGGAGCCGCAGCCUGUGCUCACCGGCCUGCCGCUGUGGCAGGAGGAGCGCUCGUCUGGGUCUCGGUGUACCUGCUGUUCGUCGCAGCGGUGUGCAUCGUGGCUUGGCUGUACAGGUCUUACGGGAAAGCGCAGUACUCACGGACCACGAUGCCGUCACAGGGCGACGCCUUCGCCUACCCGCUGUUCGCCGUGCGGGGCAUCGGCCAGGACCUGACUGGCCCAUCUGCCUCAUGGCCUUCUGCUGCCCCGCGAUCCGGUGGGCCGACACCAUGAGCAUGGCGCCGCUGCUGCCGUUCUGGGCGGCGCUGGGGCUCAUGCUGCUGCUGACCUGCCUCCAGCCCGCCACGAGCGGCCUGAUCUCCAUCCUGUCGGUGCUCGUGGCGGUGUAUUUCCGCCAGAGGCUGCGGAGAAUCUACAACCACGGUCCGUUCACUCCGAAGAACAUGGCUUUGGAUUGCUUGACCUGGACGUUCUGCUGUUGUUGCGCGAUCGCCCAGGAAGUUGCCCCCGGCUUCUCAUGCAAAGGGUAAGGCAAGUGUACGUCCGUGUCCUUGCCUGCGCCGCACUUGCCGUCGCACGCCGAACUGCCAAGCGUGUGUAUUCAUCAUCUGUCUGUUCGACACGCUUUGUUAGUUGUCUUUCCGUUUCGCGCACACUGUCACACCAAGUCGGUGGGUGUUCAGCCGAUGUCUCGAGGGUACCCUGCCUGUCCUCGCAACUUCACAC